AUGUCUAUCCCCUCGUCGCGGUCCCCGCAGGCUGAGCCCGCCGCUUCUAAACAGCAUGUCGACGAGAACAAGCUGCCUAGCGGCCAAUGUCGAUACAUACUACUGAAUCCGGAGAUUAAGGGGCAGCGUUGCGCUUGUGUCGGCUUCACCUUUAACAGGUCUCUACCUGGUGUAACUUGUGACUGCGGUCAUCUCUCGUGUUACCACAUCCAAUCAGCCGAACCUCCCCCAGACAAGAAUGAGGUUGACACGCUUCGGCGGCGCAUCAAGCUGCUGGAAGAGCAGCUGGACCGAGAGAACGACGGUGGUCUUGGCAGCGCCCUAGGCACUGUGGUUCGGCGGCUCGGAGAUUUAGAGGAACAAGUUGAGAAGAACAGGGAUGAGACAAAUCUAGAAGUAAAAGGUUGUUAUAGAAAUGUCGAUCGCAUGUGGCAGUCCGUCACCCAGCUCGAAAAUAGAACGUCCGGAUAUGAGGACCGGUUUCUCACGUUUGACGAACGCUUGGAUGGCCACGACGACACCCUACAUGGUCUAGGCAAUAGGUUAAUGGAGUUUGACGAAGCAUCUAUGGUGCUCGAAGAGCGUUUGGAUGCGUUGGAAGAUCAGGAUAGCGCCGGUAUUCCUUUCCGUCGGCGCCGGCGAAGAUCUACGUCGGGUUCGGAAGACUCAAAAAAUGACAAGCGAGCUGUAGCAUGGCGACGCCGUCCGCAAGGUCACCGCGACCAUAGUGCUGCAACGCAUUCCUCGUUGACAUCGGUCUCAGACUCCCGAUGCGAGGUUCCUAAAAUUAAGCCAAUCGAGGUGAGAGGGUCAUGGACUGUGCACGUUUCGCUCCUUCCGACGGCGUCACAGCCAUUCCCCUUCGAGAAGGACACGAAUGCCUACAAGAGAUGUCUGUCUAGAGGGCUUCAUCAAAUGAUCGCCGUUGAGGGAACAGAUGGCGACUCCUUCGUGAAGGCCGUCACCAAGGCUUUCGGCAGCCUUCUUAGAGGUAGAGAUUGGGUUCCGUUACGAGCUCGACUCUGUGACGCCGAAACUCUGCAGGGCCUUCCUAUGCUCCGCCCCCUAGACCCAGCUUUGAUUGGCAUGAAUUACGACCUCGACUUUCUACGCAAAUAUUGUGCUGUGUGCCUACCAAACGGCAAAGUAGAAUCCAUGUACAUUGCCAUGUUAUCAGAUACAUUUUCGUGGCAAUUCUUGAGGAGGUCGCCAUGCUAUCUAGAUGGCCUCGAAGAGUGUUGGGCUUACGAUCCUCUGCUUGACCCGGUCGAUAACUUUGAAUACUGCAACGGCAAUUUGGGGGAUGGGCGGUCCGCUGGUGAGAUUGUACCGCCUUUGCCAUCAUUGAAACGCCCGGCAUCGGAGAUGUCGCGGACGCCGAGCUUGAGUUCGGUCUCAGCAAACGAAGGAAAUGAUAAUUCACGGCAGAAAUUACCACGAACAACUUGUAUUCAAGCAGCUAUGGAACUUCGUAGACGAGGAGUCGAGACGGUUUAG